CCAGGGGCUGCACCUGGCUGUCAGGUAAGCUCUUUUAUUCCUGUUCCUAGCAGGCAGCAGCACUGGAAUGUCAGGAAUGCUGUUGAGUAAUAAUCCAAAGCUCCUGCUAGCAAAAACCUGCCGCAGCCCGCCUGCUUACCUGCCUGCGUGCUGCUGCGAGCGGAAGGAACCGAACAAGCGGAGAGGUGAGCGCCCGGUGGUCAGCCUUCGGAACCGUCGGUGCUGUCCGGAGACACCAGCUGAUCAGCAGUCUGUCCAUUAACUCGGGCCCUACGGGAUAUCUAGGUGAGAAGUGUGCACUGCAGCCUGUCGAGGGUUGUAAACAGGGAUCAGGUUCCUUAGUGAUUAACUGGGAGUUAUGGAGAGUGCAAAAGAAAAGUUAAAGAAGGAACUGGAGGAGGAGCUGAAACUAAAUACAGAUGACUUGCGUAGCCAUGCAUGGUACCAUGCUCGAAUCCCACGAGAGCAAGCAGACUUAUUGGUACAGAGAGAUGGGGACUUCCUUAUUCGAGAUUCUGUUUCAAGUCCUGGAGAUUAUGUAUUGACUUGUAAAUGGAAGCAUGAACCACUGCAUUUUAAAAUUAUCCGUGUAGCAUUGCGACCUAAAAAGGGAUACUCACGUAUCCUUUUCCAGUUUGAGCAAGAUCAGUUUGACAGCAUACCAGCUCUCGUCCGAUUCUAUGUUGGUAACCGUUGCUCUAUCUCAGAACAGUCUGGUGCGAUAAUAUUUCAUCCCAUAAACAGAACUGUGCCUCUACGACUGAUAGAGGAGCGGUAUGGGGCCGCAUACAAAGAACAUGUUGACAAAGACGGACACUUGUUAAUCAUGAAGAGGCUGGAUCGUAGCAAAAGAUUGAGUCUUAGUGCCUCCCCAGCAGAGCAGAUGAUGGAGAGUAACCUGUUAAGGAUAAAAGAUAAGUGUGGUAGUCACCCAGCCAACCUCGAUAGCAUUGGACGAAGGCCCUCGCUGCACUCAGCACAGUCGGACAGCAAUCUGCAGUCAGGUAUGAGGCAGAGUAUGCAGCUUGCUACAGCAGACCAGUUUACUUCUCCGCCUUCUCCAGUCUAUCGAACAGGAAGUGAACCCAGUCUGUCACCUCACAGUUUCCAGCAGAAACCAGUUGAACAAGGUGUAAGCUCAGCACUGAGGGGAUCCGAUGGGCAGCUUCAUUCUAAAGCCCCACCAAAGCCUCUACGAGUUCCAUCAAUCAUUGUAAUGACUCCAUCAGUAGAGGAUGAGCAACUGGCAAACACCUACUGUGAGCUUGUGCCACGAGCACCACCAAUGGUAGCGACUCACGUGGACAGGCUAAGGGUUGAAGAAAAAUGGAAGAGCAGAAUUCGCAUGACUGAUACUAACUUUGGGUUCCUGGAUUUAGACUCUGCACCAUCAUCCCUGGGAGUGUUUCAAGAAGAGAAUGGGGAAGCUGGAGAGGAGGAUGAAGAUUCUUUUGUACGACCAGUUAUUGAAACAGCUUCUUCCUUUAAAGUCAGUCUCUUUAACUCUUUGCUUUUACCUCCUGAUAACAAGCCUCUGGAGCAGUCAACCCUGAAACGUGUAAAAGAGAUUUUUGCAGGAAGUAGUGUAAGGAUUACUGCCCUCCAUAUCCUUAAACUGGACUGUCAGGCUGCUCGAAUCACUGAUGUUUCAAAGGAACAAUGCAGAGGAAUGGGUGUCGCCUCUGGUUUGGAGCUGAUUACCUUGCCACAUGGACACCAGCUAAGGACUGACCUUUUGGAGAGGCACCAUCUCAUAGCCCUGGGGAUAGCAGUGGACAUACUGGGAUGUUCUGGAACUGUAAGUGAGAGGGCAGCUGUUCUUCACAAGGUCAUCCAACUAGCAAUAGAGCUGAAAGAGUGGGCAGGGGAUUUCUUUGCCUUUUCAGCCAUUAUGAAAGCUCUGGAGAUGCCUCAGAUUGCCCGUUUGGAAUUGACAUGGAGAACAUUGCGUCGUAAUCACACUGACAGUGCAGUUAGCUUUGAGAAAAACCUCAAGCCUUUUAUGAAACUUCUGAACUCAGGAAAAGAAGCCACCCCUCUCAGUACAACAACCAUCCCACACCUUUUGCCUUUAAUCCACUUGAUGGAGGGAAGGGAGUUAUGGGAUCCCACAGAAGAAGGCUGUGAGCUGCUGUUCCGCAUUCUGGGUCAGGCCCGAUCUGUUGCUGUCAAUACUGGAGUCUACCGGGUCAAUGCUGAGACCAUGCUGAAAGACUUCCAGCCCAGCCAUGAGCUGCUUGAAGUGUUCAGGUCUGAGUUUGCACUGAGGUUGUUCUGGGGGAGCAGAGGUGCAGAGGCAGAUCAGGAGCAACGAUACAAGAAAUUUGAUCAGGUUCUCACUGUGCUGUCGAAAAAAUUGGAGCCUGAGCUGCAGACAGAGUUGUGAACCUUGAAAGAACUGCAAAUAAACUGUAACUAACUUUUCUGUGAUCCCGAAUCUAGCGUCUAUAAUACACAGAAUUACCAUCCCAAGAUACCCUGACACUAGGCCAUAUAAAAAGUAUGGUGUGACAUUCAGACAAUCACAAUGAUGGCUGGAGCAACCCUAUGACAUGCGAGAAGACUGAGGGAUCAUAGCUUGCCUUAUACCUAAAGUGAGCGUGAUUUAUGGCUCAAUUACUGGCUCUUCAGAGAUCCCCAUGAACUUUAUUCAACCCAGUGCUUUUAUAAUCCCUUUUAAUGACUUACAGCAAACUGCAGUUAUAUUCAAUGUGAAAUAAAUUGUAAUUAUCAACGGUAUUACAGCAAACCUGUUCUGGUGAAGAUUCUUUUUAUUUUUUAAUAUUUAAAAUUCCAAUUGCUUUCAUGUGACCUUAGUCAAUUGCUGUAUAGUUUACAUUUUAUCUGAUUAUACUAGUCUACACAUUUCCAGUAAAACUCAGUCUGUAAACUUCUAACCAUCUUCUCAGAUCAUCUGUUUAUAUUUUUGACAAGUGAGUGGCAAUGCAUUUUAGUGUAUUUUUGUUUAUUGUCAGUUAUUUAUGCUGUUGAGAAAGUCAUGCAAUGCACAUUACAAUGUCUGUUGCUCUGCAGAUGGAUCAGUGAUAAACUGUAACUUAUAUUUCUAGAAGUUUCUUAGCAGCUACCAGUAAGACAUUUUAUGUGUAGUUCACAUGACUCUGUAUCAUAUAUCCUGUAGGUAUAAUCUUGCAUCUGUCUUCAACGUGUAGGUGUAAUCCUACACUCGUGUACUCCUUGGAUGUAAUUUUCUUCCCAUCUGUACCAUUGCAUGCAAUCAUGCUUUCAGUUGUACCGUGUGAGCAUAUUCUAUACAUGGUAGGUAUAAUAACACCUCCUGUCUUCCCAGUAUGAGUACAGUGCUCUGUGUAUACCCUGCAGAUCUAAUCUUGCAUCCAUAUACACUGUGUGAUAUAGUCAUACAUCCACGUGUACCCUGUGGGUGUAAUCCUAUACACAUCUGCACUGUAUGAUGCAAUUUUACAUCCACAUGUGUCCUGUGGGUUUAAUCCUCUAUCCAUCUGCACAGUGUGAUGUAAUCCUACAGCUAUAUGUAGUUUGUGGGUCUAUUUGUGGAUGAAAGUAACUUUACCCUCUAGUGAUCUGCUCAGUUAACAAUAUGGCUUUGCACAACUUGUGUGCAUUUCUGUGCCACAAGUUGUAAUACUUGUGGCUACUGUUUAUGUGAAAUAAAUCUGAAAUUACACAACUGUGAGUUGGCCCUGAUUUUGAUUCUGUCUGUACCUUAUGGGGAUAAUUCAGCAUCUAUCUGUACCUUCUGGGUGUAAUACCACAUCUACUUGUACACUAUUAUGUAAUUCUACAUCCAUUUACUUUGUGUACGUAUUCCCACAUCCAUGUGUACCAUGUGGGUAUAAUCCUAUAUUUGUCUGUUCCCUGCCAGCAUAAUCCUACAGCCAUGUCAAUGCUACUACACAUUCACCUGUACAUUCUGGGUGUAGUCCCACAUCUACUCGUAGCCUAUGAUGUAACUCUACAGCUUUCUGCAGUUUGUGUGGGCAAUCCACAUUUACAUGCACUCUGUAGGUGUAAUCCCCAGCCACUUCUACCCUGUGGGUGUAAUCCUACAUCCACAUGUUCUCUGUAGGUAUAAUCCUACAUUUCUCCAUUCCCUAUAUGUGUAGUCCUACAGCCAUCUGUACCCAGUGGGUGCAAUUCUGUUUGAGCAGUUACUAUGUGUAUAUAAUCUACUUGUACAUUAUAUGUAUAACCUGCAUUUAUGUCCUCCGAAGGCUUCUGUUGUGGUGCUAGAGAGUUAAACAACUUAAUAAAUAAAGGUAUUUGUGAUCCAUA